ACUUACAAGAUGGCUAUCACGAUGCUGUGAGGGGGCGAGUGUUUUAGUGGCGCAACAAUUCUAAUUGUGUCGGGGAAAGAGUGUACACAGUCGUCGAUAAAAUCGCACUGCCGAGAAACGAUGGCGAUCCUUCACCAAAACAAACCUCGCGUAAAUGUUUCAACAAAAAUGAGUUUAGCCGACAGUUCAGCUAUUCUACAGACAAAACAAUAAGAUUACCGAUAAUAUUGUGCCCCAUGGAAAAUUAUUACGGCUUAUUACGGUCCUUUUGUUGCUGGACACUAAAGCUGAACUAGUGUAGCGGACAAAUUGGGAUGAAGUUUCAACUUGAUCUGUGCGUUUUCGCACCACGAAGUUUUUUAUUUAAAUUUGAGAGCUGAUCAAUGAAUACGGUGCCGGAAAAAAAGAGACGCCUGAGAAAUGCUACCGUAUACCAGCAAUGCCGGAAUGGCAAAUACGGAAACUACGCGGCUACGAGAGUGCGAAACCGCACGAGUCACCGGUAGCCUUUUAAAGAGAUGGAGCUUCCCGGCUCCGAGGAGCCGUUUACGAGAAAAUCGCGCUACUACUCGUCGGAAUCUUCCGAUUCGGAAUCCGAUUCGAGUGGGAGCUCGUCAGGCGGUUCAGACGACGGGCCUCAGAGACGGAUGUCAGUCAAUGCUAAAACAGUCUUCAUACAAAAAGUUGGAGAAAACGGAUUGCCGGAGACAGUCUACCAAGUGUCGGAGUCCAGCGCCGUUGAGGAAUCUUCUCAGGACAGUUCAGGCGCGAUUCGUGCUGACGAGACGUCGAAAUCUUCAACAGUAGUGACAGCAUUCCAAAUAAACGCAGGUGUCCAGGUUCAAACGGGUGGUGGUUGUGCUACAAUGCCGGCCCAACCUGGAUGUCCUUUUGACCGAGCACAGAUUAUUGCUCCACCGCUUCCGGACGCCCCGCCACCUCCGUUGCCUGAGGACGCGCCCCCUCUCCCCACCGAAGCCUGUGAAAAGCCAGCACCGCCACCCGAUGAGGCUGAAGCUACAAACGAAAAACAGCAGGCAGCCGGAGUAGGGGCAGGAGCAAGUGGGGUUGUGGAUAGUGAUAGCGACGGUGAUGAGCUCGACUCAGACGUUGACAAAAUGCUGGACGCCAGUCUUGAGGAGAGACGAAAAGCUGAACAGGUCGUCCUAGUUAACAAAACAGUUUGCAAACGAUACACAAAAGAUAUAUUUGACGUUCUUCCUGAAGAUUGGGUAGUGGUCACUCACAACUGUGGUCUGCCUGUGUAUCUACAUCGCAAAACACGCGUCUGCACGUGGGCUCGGCCGUAUUUCCUAGGCACAGGAUCAGCGCGCAAGCACGAAGUGCCUCAAAGCGCAAUUCCUUGUCUUCACUAUAGACGAACAAAGGAAAAAGUACUCAAAGGACCUCCCCCGGCCAAAAAGCGACGUAUAUCGCAGGAUGAAUGUCCAUCGGAGCAACAAAAAGCAUCAGGAGAAGACAUUCCUGUAUCUUCAACUUCAGUUCCCGACCCAGCCAAUGCAAGCAGCAAUUCUCAACCGGCUUCUUCUGAGGGCGCCAGACAGCAACUCAUGAACAAGGUGGAGAUUGAAAGUGCUAAGGAGUGCCAGCGAAGUCUGUCUGUUCAGGCUCUGAAGGACUACGCGAGGAAUGUCUUUGACCUCGAAGACAUCGUCGUCCGUAAGUUCAAAUCAUGGACCGCACGACGUGAAUUCCAACGCGAGAAGAAACUACAUUCCCGCCCACUAAUCCCUUCAACUACGCAUUUAGUUACCUGCGAAUUACCGGCUGGCUCCGGAACGCGCACCAAACGAAAGGAAUUUGUGCUUAAUCCCAGCGGAAAGGGUCCCGUUGGCAUCCUCCACGAGUUUGUACAACAUUCUCUUCGGGAGCAACCGAAAUACAUUUUUCAUGAACUGCCAAGCAGUGAGAGGCCAUAUUGCGCUACUCUUACAAUUGGGGAAAUUAAAUACGGUGAUGGCUAUGGGUCGAGCAAGAAACUAGCAAAAGUUGAGGCCGCGCGCGCUGCCCUGUCUAUUUUGGUGCCGUCAUGGAAGGAAAUGCAAGAAAAGGAAGAGGAGUCUCGGCGUGCUCGAGCAGGUGAACCCAGCACGAGUAACAUAGUAUCGAAAGAAGCUACAGGUCAGCAGGAGUUAGCUUUUUUUGACGCCAUCUCCAUCGAGGAUCCGCGUCUUGCCUAUCUUUGCACUACCACUGGACAGUCUUCACCAUUUCAAAUACUCGUGCAGUGUCUAAAGCGAAAUUUUGGCCUCAGUAGCGAAAAUGACAUCAAACAGCAAAUUUCAAAGGAGAAUGAGAAGUCGCAAAAGAUGGAGUAUGGGAUGUCGGUCGGGCGACAUGAAGCUCGCGUUACUUGCAAGAAUAAAAGGGACGGCAAACAGCUGGCCUCUCAACAAUUGCUCGCCAAAAUGCACCCGUAUCUUCAUAGUUGGGGAGCCAUUCUACGAUUAUAUGGUCAAGGGUCGUUCAAGUCGCCAAAAGAGAAACGCGAACAGCAAAAUGAGAUUACCGAAUUACAGACGAAAGCGGCAUCAAACGCACCUAAUUACGAGAUACUUAAUAAACUUCGCAUCGAGAUGCUCAAACUGGCCAAGGAGCAGACAGAACAGAAGAAUCCGUCCCAGUCAUCGGAACAGAUCAAAAUGGUUGAUAUCUAAGUGAUUCAUCGAUUUGAGCCGAACACGAAUUACCGAUAUGUGGCCUUGCUGGUUUCUUAUCAGACUGCUCAACCCUGUAACAAAGCCGUACCUAAUAGUGAUGACAGGCAACGUAUUUGCCAUACGUGUAUAAUUAAAAUAGUAUCUUGGCAAUGCAAAGCAUAGAAAAAAUACAUUUGUGGAUCAGAACAAUAAGAUGUGAUUGCUAAUAUAUAUAUAUACGGUAAGCAAGGGGCACGGAGGGCAGAAACAGGGUUUGUUGAGCUGUGUUUAAAGCAGCUUCUUUCAAUUUAAUGUUGUUACCUAAUUUGUGGUUAGACGACACGAACUAUAAUAGAUGAUCCUGUACUGACUAUAGAAAUGUUUAAAUCCACAAUGGCACAUCAAGUCGCAUUCCAGUUCUACUGUAGGAUCUUAUGAACAGAGUUGGCUGCCUACUACAGCAAUAUAAUGGUGAAGUAUUAACCUAGAAAACCGUGGACUCUGUAUAUUGAGCUUAGGAAACACGUGUAACAGAAGAUAAUGUGUAACUUUGUACGUAAUUAAGUACUCCAUGUAUUUAACUCAGCAACUAAGAUGUUAGCAACCGCGUGCCGGAGCAGGAAGGCCAAUCGAUUAAAAAGCGUUAUGUUUAAACUGUAGAUUGCUGGCUGAAGCUUGAUAGCGCUUUUCGAAGUGCUUGAACUUUUAGUAACUUGAACAUGUACAUUUCUAAAAUAAACUCUUCGACCAGAACUGUUCGAUUAUAUACUGCCCA